AACUCUAGAAAAGAACUGCAAAGAACGUUAAGAAGCUGAGGCCGUGAGCGAGGUGAAAGUGGCAAAGGCCCGUAAGCGCCAGCAUUGAAGCGACUUAGCAACGUAGCAACAAUAAACGGAAUAUAACAGUUGCUAAGCAGCAAGCAUACACACGUAUAGGGGAGCAUUGUGUGGAGCUGUCAAACAGUUGAAUCCACAGCACACCACGUCAAGUGCACAGGAGCAACAGCUGUUGCUCACACACAAAGACACACACCCGCACAGACAUAUAUACAUAUACAAAAUGCCACACACACAAUCGCAAAGAUGGCUGUACAGCUGUGUGUUGGUGUGCAUGCUGCCCACACUGUGCCUGGGCUUACUGGAGGGUCUCUACUGCGGCAAGGAGAACUGCUACGAUGUGCUGGGCGUGACACGUGAAUCGUCCAAGUCGGAGAUAGGCAAAGCCUAUCGCCUGCUGGCCCGUAAGCAUCAUCCGGAUCUGCAUCGCGGCGAGGAGGCCAAAGCACUUGCCGAGGAACAGUUUAAGCUGGUGGCCACCGCCUACGAGAUACUCCGAGAUGAGGAAUCCCGCAACGAUUACGAUUACAUGCUGGACAAUCCGGACGCAUAUUAUGCCCAUUACUAUCGCUACUAUCGACGACGCGUGGCGCCCAAGGUGGAUGUACGUGUGGUAAUUGUAGUCACGCUGACCAUCAUCUCGGUGAUUCAGUACUAUUCGGGAUGGCAGCGAUACGAUGCGGCCAUCAAGUACUUUGCCACGGUGCCCAAAUAUCGCAACAAGGCACUGGACAUCGCCCGGGAUGAGAUCCAGGAGCGUAUACACAAUCGCAAGGGCAAGAAUCGAAAGAAUCUUUCCAAGACAGAGCAAAAAGAGGAACUGGAGCGUAUCAUACGCAAGGUCAUCGAGGAGAAGAUGGACGUCCAAGGCGGCUAUGCGAAGCCAACGCUCUGGGAUGUCCUCUGGGUGCAGUUGAUCAUCUGUCCCUACACCUUGUUCAACUUUAUUGUGUGGCAUGCUCAAUGGUUCUGGCGCUACACGAUCCUCAAGCAGGAGUACGGACGGGAGCAGCAGCUCUAUUUGAUAAGACGCCACAUGGGCAUGGGUCAGCAUCAGUUCAACUCGCUGGAGGACAAACAGAUUGAGGAGUAUCUGCAAUUGGAGCUGUGGCAACGGGACAACUUUGUCGCGUGGAAAGCCGAUCAGGAUGAGGAGAUGAAGAAGAAACUGGCGGAGAAUCCUCGCUAUAAGGCCUAUCGCCGUUAUAUGAAGAACCAUGGACCCGGUCGCAUUACUUUCGAGGAUUAGAGAGACGACACACCUGUUGAUGUUCAAGUUUUAUUGUUCCAUCUCGUCGCCAAAUGGCCUAAACUGUAAUUUAUUAUUUCAUCCUCCUCCUUUACUACCUACAUUUUUUUUAUAUACGAGUAUACAUACAUAUAUAUAUUUUUUACCAACUUUUUAUACAAAUGUUCAAUGUGUGUAGGGCAAUAGUUUAAAAAUAAAUUAUGUUAAUAAUUCUUUAAGCCAUCAAA